AUGUCGACCCGCGACCAUGUUAAGCAAAGCCCAAUGCCCGUCCAGGAAGGGUACCCAAGGUCAUCUAAAGAAUUCAGUCCUCCAUCAAGCCGGUCCAGAAAACGAACCUGGGUCCGCAAUCUGACAAUGUCCUUGCUCAUUGCGGCCGGCGCGGCAACAUUCUCCAAGUACAUAUUCCCGCUGGGCUCCAUCCUUGGAGCCGGAUCGCUGCAGCCUAUAGACCCGCACGACUAUGCUGCCAGAGCGGAUCGAAUCCUCUCCACGACGCCUCUGAUUGAUGGGCACAACGAUCUACCGUACCUGAUUCGGCUUGAGACGAAGAACAAGAUCUACGACCAUGAGAAGCUCCCGUUUGAAGCUGGGUUGCUGAGCCAUACGGAUGCCAAAAAGAUCCGGCAAGGCAAGCUUGGAGGGCAGUUCUGGAGCGUGUAUGUUGAGUGCCCGGCGGACCCUUCAGCGGGGAUUGAUGACCCAUCGUGGGCGGUUAGAGACACACUCGAGCAAAUCGAUGUCGCAAAAAGGCUAGUGGACGAGUAUCCCGAUCUUCUCGAAUACUGUGAGACAGCAUCUUGCGCCAGAUCAGCAUUUAAGAAGGGAAGGGUUGGCAGUUUCUUGGGGAUCGAGGUGCAUGACCUUGGUGUGCGCUAUAUCACUGUGACCCAUAAUUGCGACAAUGCCUUUGCGACUGCUGCUUCAACCGUUGCCGCUGGCAAGCCGGACCAUGGCCUGACGGACUUUGGGCGCGAAUUUGUCAAGGAGAUGAACCGCCUUGGUAUGCUGAUUGAUCUCUCGCAUGUCUCCCACCAGACCAUGAGAGACGUGCUAUCCGUGACAAACGCCCCGGUGAUAUUCUCGCACUCGUCUUCUUACGCGCUUUCUAAACAUCUGAGGAAUGUGCCUGACGAUGUGCUGCGCACCGUCACCAAAAAUGGUGGUGUUGUCAUGGUAACUUUUGUGCCUUUAUUCCUAAAGGUUAAUGAUCCUGCUUCAGUGACGAUCCACGAUGCAGUCGACCACAUCCUUCACGUCGCAAAAGUGGCGGGAUGGGACCACGUUGGCAUCGGAUCGGAUUUUGACGGUACUGCCGUUGUUCCUAAAGGCCUUGAGAACGUGUCCAAGUAUCCGCGACUCGUCGAGCUCCUGCUUGAGCGGGGAGUAACAGAUGAACAAGCACGAAAGCUGGUCGGCGAAAAUCUGCUUCGGGUGUGGUCUAAAGCUGAAGAUAUUGCAUAUGCCAUUCAAGCAUCGGGCCAGAAACCUAACGAAGAAACCUGGUCCGGUCGCAAAUGGACGGCUGCAGCUGAUAUUCCCAUGCCGUCCAUGUUCAACGAUAGUGCAGAAAGGCGAAAGCAACUGGAGUGA